AUGGACAUGUCCCUGUAUCAUGUUUAUUGGGAUGAUCUUGUGGCUCAGCAAGUGCACGUCGGCUGUGGAUCUACGGGUCGACAACCCAGAGAUACGACCAUCACAGACUCCAUUCGCGGUGCAGCUUCCACCAUAGCUUAUGACCUCCAGUCCAUGUACAAUGGCAAUCGGACCGGAGGCGUCCUGGGCAAGUUUCCAUAUCCGCCAUACUACUGGUGGCUCAGUGGCGCCGCAUGGGGUGGAAUGGUGGACUACUACCUUUACACCGGCGACGCGAGCUAUUACAAUGUCACCUACGACGCAUUGGUCUCUCAGAUAUCAGACACCCACAACUAUCUACCCGAGGCUGAGAAGCUGGAUGAGGGCAACGACGAUAUCGCCUUGUGGGCUUUCGCCGCGCUGACUUCUGCCGAGUAUGGACUCCGAGAGCCUCCGCCCCCGUUCCCCACGUGGCUCGAGAUCUGUGACAACAUCUUCAACGACUACGUCAGCCGAUGGAUAGACGCAAGCGACACCUGUGGUGGCGGCUUGAAGUGGCAAGUAUUUCCUACAAGCGCUGGAUACGACUACAAGAAUUCGAUUUCCAAUGGGGGAUUUCUCCAGCUCGCGGCUCGCUUGGCGCGCUUCACGAAUAACCAGACCUACCACGACUGGGCGGAGAGAAUUUGGGACUGGUCCGUCACCAUCGGUCUCAUUGAUCCCGCGUACAAUGUCUUCGACGGUUCGGAUGACAAGAUCAACUGCACGGGUAUUGACCAUACGCUCUGGAGCUACAACGUAGCCGUCUACCUCUACGGAACAGCUGUUCUCUACAAUUAUACGAAUGGCUCUGACCUAUGGGCGAACCGGACAACCGAGCUUUUAAAUUCCGCGCUGCAGACGUUUGCGUCACCUUUCCCCAACGCCACUGAUGUCCUGUAUGAGUAUUGCGAGCUUAGCUGGGAUUGCAACAUCGACCAGUACAGCUUCAGGGCGUAUCUGGCUCGCUGGUUAGCGAAGACUACCAUCAUGAUGCCGCAGACGGCAGAGCACGUCCUUCCCGUGCUUCGGGCAUCCGCGCUUGCUGCCGCGGGAGUCUGUACAGGAGGGGAGAACGGGACCACCUGCGGUGUAAGGUGGUAUCUUGAUGGGUGGGAUGGGACGUCGGGGCUGGGCCAAUCCCUCAGUGCACUGGAAGUUGUACAGUCAUUGCUGGUCGCUCAUGCUGGCCCACCAAAUCGAGCGCCCACGUGA